CACUUGCAGCCCUGCUUGGCCGUUUUCACGCCUGUGUGAGGCAGCUCGCCACCCUGACAAUGCGUGGGACCGUGCUGCUGGCGUGGCUGCUGUGUGGUUCUAUUUUCCCAUUAGCCAUUGCCCAAGAUAAUGGAACUGCAACAUCAGUUGUAGAAACACCAGGUGAGCAUGCCAUCCCGACCUCAGAACCUGUCUCUCUGCACCUCAAAACCCAGGAGAGCACCGCCCCUGCUUCCUCUUCAGCAGCUGCUGGGACUCCACAGGCUGACUCAGGUGAGCAUGCCAUCCCGACCUCAGAACCUGUCUCUCUGCACCUCAAAACCCAGGAGAGCACCGCCCCUGCUUCCUCUUCAGCAGCUGCUGGGACUCCACAGGCUGACUCAGGUGAGCAUGCCAUCCCGACCUCAGAACCUGUCUCUCUGCACCUCAAAACCCAGGAGAGCACCGCCCCUGCUUCCUCUUCAGCAGCUGCUGGGACUCCACAGGCUGACUCAGGUGCUGAUGUAAGGCUCAGGGCUACAGUGAAUGCCACUGAACACGGUGUCACUCCAGGACCCGACCCAUCAGGGAGGAAACAACUUAAACACAUUUUUUCAGAACCAGUGAUAAUAGCCAUUGUUUUUGGAGUGAUGUUUGGUAUCAUUGGGACCAUCCUUUUAAUUGCUCUUUUAAUCAAACGGCUGACAAAGAAAAACUCAGUGGACAUGCAACCUACCUUCCUGCCCAACACAGACAUACCCUUGAGUUCAGUUACAACAGUUCUGCAAGAAGAGUAGUCGAAGAAAAUGUGUUCACCAUGAGCGACUAUGAAGGAACAAAACUCAAAGAAGAUACAAAAUUAAACUAGAAAUAAACGUGUAAAUUGGGGUCUUCGAUAAAUUAUGCCGCAUCAUUCCAGGAAGGAAAUCUCAUCAUAAAAAGUUCCAGUGAAUAAAUCGUCAAAAACAAAUCUCUGCUCAUGAAUAUGUCAAUACUUGCAUGCUUGUUUUUUGCAUAAGCAUAAUUUUAAUCAGUUGGAAUUCAGACCCAAAUUUUCAGUUGAAGUCAUCUGUUUGUAACAUUUUCUCUAUGCUAUUGUAUUUUAUGUUUUUUUUAAUUAUCUGUAGAGAGUGGUACAAAGGGUGUUGAAUUCAAUAUGCCAGUUUAUAAAUACAAUGAGUCGUGAUUGGUGGCUCCCUUCCAUUGUUCUCCCUCUUUUCUCUCAACCUAUGCUAUUGCAUUUUAAUUAUAGUAUUAUCAAAUGAAAGGCCUGUAACAUCUCAUGAAAUCUAAGUUCUCUUUUUCCAAAUUUUGUUUCAAAUAAAGGAAUAAUGACAUUGUCUCA